UGCCAACCCACACACGUUCUUACACGUCCACACAACUUCGUUGCUGAGUAAGCCUGGUGCUAAGACAUCUAGUAGACGAGCUUUGCGGUCGCGCAGCCAAGGGGUCCAGCACAUUGACGCUUAACAAAGCCCACACACGUGCGCAAUUUUCCUUCACGUCCCUUCACUGCAGGUAGCAUGCAGCCACGACUCCUCGCCUUCACGGCCGCGUUUCGGAGCUCAGCACCCACAUCGAGAGGCACACGACCAGUUGUGAAAGCUCGCCUCAAUGGAUAUAUCUGCCGGAGUUGCCAACGGAAGUUUUCCACAUCGCCCACAUUACGAUGGCUAGGAAAGAAGGCCAAGUCGGCAGCCGAACCUGUCGGGAAAGAGAAAGAAAAGAUGUAUAACUCACGACUCCUGAUCUACGAUGCGGGCGACGCACGGACUACCUGGAUAUCCUUCUGGAAAGCAAUGGCCCUGUUGCAGUUCGGCACAACUCUCGUCUUUGGUGUGCCUCCAUUAUGGAACAAUGAGAAUCAGCCUGAUGAAAGAGUACGGAAGAUUCAGGCCAUCACUGUCGGCAUCCUCGGCACCAUCCCCACCCUAACCCUCGCCUACCUAACCGCCCCCUUCGUCCACCAAGUAUUCCUCCAAAUCCCUACGCACGCCAACUACGCACGCCGCUCCCGCCCCGACCUGCUCCGUUUCGCUAGGAGUCUCCGCCAAAACACCGCCGCCACCGCAAACACGAAGCUGGAAUUUGUUACUCUACGAAUCUUCCCCUUCCGCAAACACACAACCGCCUUCCUGCACGAACUCCGCGCCUUACCACCAAAAAAACUGCGCCUAGCCAACAUCGAGCUACCGAAGAGUGAAGCAUGGAUUAAGAGGCAGAGGGAGAAGGGAAUCUUCAAGCGCAUGCUAGAAGUUACGAGCGAGCCGCGGUUCAAAUUCUACGUUAAAGAAGGACGUUUAUAUACGAUGAAGACAGGUGUGCCGGGCGUAUGGGAAGAAGUGGCUAUGAGGAUUCAGGAGCAGACUGUGGAGGAAGCGGAGAGGGAGCAGGAGAUUGGGAAUGAGGCUGCGAAGAGGGGUGUUAGGGCGAAGAAAGAGGCGCCGAAGAGACCGAUGAUUAGGCCUGUUGCGAGGCGUGAGGGUGAGCAGAGGGUUAAGAGGCAGACCACGAGGCAGACUUCUAGAGUAGUUAACAGUGGCUAUGGCCGGUCGGUGUAAUGGCACGGAUUGUACUACAUGGCCUAGAAGCUUGCGACGCAAUAUAUCAAGAUUGAACGAC